AUGGAAGAGCGUCUGGAAGCUACUUGUGGUGCAAAGGGUGCAGAUUUUCAUCUGCCUCUUCCUAGAACGUUCAUAUCCGAGCAAGUCAAUCUACUCAAGAGAUUGUUGCUGAGGAAGUUGAAGCUGAUAUUGCUGUCCAUUAAUGGGGUUCUCGAUGAUGCAGAGGGAGAGCAGAUAACAAAUUCUGCAGUGAAAGAAUGGAUUGAUGAACUUAGAGAUGCUGCGUAUGAUGCUGAUGAUCUAUUGGAUGAGAUCUAUACUAGGGCUAAAAAAAGCUGCAGAAGUGAGGUACAAUUACAAAACCGUAACUCUACUUCUUGUAACUCAAAUGAUGACAAAGAACUAGAAGAAACCAUGAAGGAUAUCAUUGAAAGAUUAGAAUUUAUUGCAAAGCAAAAAGAUGUACUUGGUCUAAAAGGAGGUGUGGGAGUCAAACUGUCACAAAAAACACCAACCACUUCUUUGGUUGAAGGAUCUGAUGUAUAUGGAAGAGAGGAUGAUAAAGAAGUCAUAAUGAAGCUACUGUUGGAUGUUACAAGUGCUGAUGAUAAAAAGAUAGGAGUGAUUCCCAUAGUGGGAAUGGCUGGGAUAGGGAAAACUACCCUAGCUCAACUUGUAUACAAUGAUGAUGGAGUGAAGCAGAAGUUUGACCUCAGAGCCUGGAUAUGUAUUUCUGAAGAAUUUAACAUUUUUAAGGUUACUAAAACUGUUUUGGAGGCUGUUUCUUCCUGCAAGUAUGAUACUCUGGAUCUGGAUACACUUCAACUUGAACUGAAAGAAAGGCUAAUGGGAAAGAAGUUUUUGUUUGUUCUUGAUGAUGUGUGGAAUGACAAUUAUGUUGAUUGGGACAGAUUGAAAAUUCCUUUUCAAUAUGGGGCUCAAGGAAGCAAGAUCAUUGUUACAACCCAAAGUGAGCAUGUUGCAUCAAUUAUGCAAACUGUUCCGUCUUAUCGCUUAAGUUGUCUGUCUGAUGAAGAUUGUUGGGAGUUGUUUGCAAAACAUGCUUUUGAUUACAAGAACUCAAGCUCAUAUCCAGUUUUGGAACAAAUGGGCAAAGAUAUUGCUGAAAAAUGUAAGGGUUUGCCUCUAGCAGCAAAAGCUUUAGGAGGCCUGUUGCGCUCAAAAACUAAAAUCAAAGAAUGGGAGAACGUAUUGAAUAGUGACUUGUGGGAUUUGUCAAGUACAAUGGGAAAUGUUCUUCCAGCUUUGAGACUAAGUUACCAUCAUCUGCCUUCACAUUUGAAACGUUGUUUUUCUUAUUGUUCUAUAUUCCCAAAGGGCUAUGAAUUUGACAAGGAAGAGUUGAUAUUGUUGUGGAUGGCAGAAAAUUUGCUGAAGAAACCUAAGAGAAACAAGAGAGUAGAAGAAGUUGGACAUGAGUACUUUCAUGACUUGGUGUGCAGGUGCUUUUUUCAACAAUCAAGAAAUGAUGAAUCACUGUUUGUGAUGCAUGAUCUUAUAAAUGACUUGGCUCAAUCUGUAUCUGGAAAAUUUUGCGUCAGACUGGAGAACCACAAUUCAGCUGAAGAUGUUGAGAAGCAUACUCAUCAUUUGUCACAGAUCAUUGCAUCUAGAUACCCUUCUCUGAACUUUGAAGCUUUCUACAAAGCAAACCGUGUACGCACCUUUCUGCAACUAAGCUUGGUAGAUCCACCCAUAUGCUUUCUUAACAAGGUGCCACAUGACCUAUUGAAGAAUUUAAGGUGUUUGAGAGUGUUAUCUUUGGUUGGUGCUCGUGGCAGUGUCAAUGAGUUGCUCCAUUUCAUUGGAAAACUAAGACAUCUUCGGUACUUGGAUGUGUCUCAAACUCGAAUCAAGAAGUUGCCCAAUUCCAUCUGUACUUUGUAUAACUUGCAAACAUUGAAGGCAGCAAGAUGUCCUAGUCUCACGAAGUUACCAAGAAACAUGCAUUGUCUUGUUAAUUUACGUUAUCUGGAUGUUAAGGGUACUACUUUAGAAGGUAUGCCCUUGCAGAUACAUAAAUUAAGAAGCCUUCAAAACCUGAGCAAUUUUAUUGUGGGUAAAGAGCAUGCUGCUUCAAUUGGUGAAUUAGGAGAACUAUCAAAUCUCAGAGAUUCUUUGCUUGUCCAGAACUUAAAGUAUUUGGUUGAUCCCGAAGAUGCAAUGAAGGCAAAUUUGAAGGAGAAGAAGUGUCUUGAACAGCUAACUCUAGAUUGGGGCAAAGGUGCUGAUACAGAUAAUUCACAGCAUGAAAAAGAUGUUCUUGACAAGCUACAACCACAUGCCAACUUGGAAGUUCUCAAUAUUCUGCAUUAUACAGGUACACAAUUUCCAACUUGGUUAGGAGAUCAUUCAUUCUUCCACCUUGUGUGUUUGUCACUCAGACACUGUAAAUACUGCUACAUGUUGCCACCACUGGGUCAGCUUCCUGCUCUGAAGGAGCUUCAUCUUUCAAAAUUUAAGGAGCUCGUUAGUGUGGGACCAGAGUUCUAUGGAUUUGAUUCCUGUAAAGGGAAACAACCCUUUCCAUCACUUGAAGUCUUAACUUUUUACAGUAUGCCAGCUUGGGAGAGAUGGAUUCACCAAGUUGACCAUGAAAGUUGCAGAGCCUUCCCACGCCUUAGAGAGCUUCAUAUGGAGGAAUGUCCAAGACUGGCAGGCAAUUUGCCUAGUUAUCUCCCUUCUCUUACAAACCUUACUAUGAGGUACUGUAAACAGCUUGAAUCUUCAAUUCCAAAUGCUCCUUCUAUGCGUUUAUUUCAUAUUGACAAUUGUUGGAAACUGGAAUUCCUUGAUCAAAUAAAUGGCUCCCACAAGUCCCUUGAAUCAUUAGAGAUACAUAAUAGUUGUCACUCUCUGAAAUCCUUCCCAUUGGAUCUCUUUCCCAAUCUCAAGUCUUUGGUCAUAUGGGGGUGUGAAAAUCUAGAAUCCUUGACUGCUUCAAGAUCACCUAGAGAGGGAACACUUGAACAUCUCAAUUCUUUGUGUAUAUGGAGAUGUCCCAGUUUUGUAACUUUCCCAGAGGAAGGAUUGCCGACACCAAAUCUCACUUCUUUGAAGGUUCGCUACUGUGACAAGCUAAAGUCACUGCCUCAAGGUAUGCAUAGCCUCCUCUCAAGCUUAAAGGAGCUCCAAGUAUGGCGUUGUCCAGGAAUCGAGUCAUUUCCACAUGGAGGUUUGCCCAUUAGUUUGAAUUCACUCAAGAUCAGAGAUUGUGACAAGCUCAUUGACCAAAGGAAGGAUUGGAAUCUGCAAUAUCUCACCUCUCUUGUGCACUUUUCUGUUGAGGGAAAAUGUGAAGAGGUAAAGUCUUUUCCAGAAGAAGGUUUGUUGCCUAACACAGUUAAACAGCUAGAGAUCCAUGGUUUCUCAAAUCUCAAAACCUUGGACUGGAAGGGGCUUCAGCACCUGAAAUCUCUGAAGAAGUUGCAGAUUUUUGACUGUUCCAAGCUUGAGUCAAUAGAAGAAGGUACAUUGCCUGCCUCUUCUGUUGAUGUUGAUAUCUGGAAGUGUCCUUUGCUACAAGAACAAUGGGAGAGGAAGAAUGGGCAACAAUGGCCUAAGUUUUCUGAUAAUCCAGGCAUAUGGAUCAAUGACAAAUACAUGGAAUUGGAUGGUAAACAUUACAUGUAAACAAACAAUGUCCCUUGAUUUUGAGAAUUUGCUUCUUUGUCAGAUAUUUACUACAUAGCAUUACUUGACUGGACCACUUUACUUUCUCACUUUAUUAAUUUUAUACUAAAUUAAAUGUGCAACUAAGAUUCUCAGAUAAAUGCAGUCAUUUUCAAGAUUGUUUAA